CCCUGCCCCAUCAAAAUCACAUAGCAACGCAUCUAAUAAAUCCCAAUUUCUCACUGCUAAGGCCUGUUUAUCCAAGUUCACCAUCACCAGCCCAAGAAAUCCCCAACAGAAAACACAAGAAAUAAAAAACAAGCUACAGAAGACAGUACACCGAACAACUCUAGUCUCAAUAUCACUAUGGCCCAGUCUUUCACCACGCCACCUAAUCUGCCUGAUCCGAACCGUGUCAUCACCGACACCAACUCGGACGCCAAGGCUGUCUUUGCCGACAUUCCGGCUCCGCUGACAGUAGUCCGGAACCUAAACGGAUCCCUCGUCCGGCUUGGCUACGUUACAGACCGUCCACCCGUCUCCUACGCCAACAAUAUGGACGUCGCAACAUACGAGCAAUGCCUGCAGAAUCUGCCCCCGCUCGUGCAGCCCGGUGGCGGAGCCGUCGUUUGGUACAUCGACACGCCGCCCAACGGAGCCUCCCCCCUGCACCGCACCGUCAGUCUCGACAUUGUCAUUCCCGUCGAGGGCGAGAUUGAGCUGCAGCUUGACAGCGGCGAAACCCGGCUGCUGAAGCCUGGCGAUCUCGCCAUACAGCGAGCAACUAUGCACGCUUGGCGUAAUCCAAGCACGACCAAGUGGGCACGCAUGAUUGGCAUUAUGUCGGAAAGCGAGCCCGUUGUCGUCGGCAAUCAGACGCUGGGCCCGUCGUUUCCCUCGUGAGCACAUGACACGAGCGUCCAGACAAAGAUGUCGACGAUGACUCGGUACGAGGGUUUCACCAUGCUUACGCGAUGUGCAUGGAACCUUGUGAAGGCUUGGGGGACAUAUGCGCGAGGCUUUCACGUCCAUUUGGCCUCGGACUGGAGGAGAAGACUCACAAUGUCAACAUUUAAAGUUACAUUGAUUCAUUUACUUGUUCAUUCUCUUCCGCAGGUAGCAUCCCCGGUGGCAACAAUCCAAUCCAAUCUUUAAGUGCAUGAAAGCAAUGGGCCCAUGAGCUACCUGUAAAUCCUGCC